GUGAUCCUUCUGCCUCAGCCUUCCAAGUAGCUGGAACUACAGUCUGGCAAUAAGAAAAAGAAAAUCACCAAAGCUGAACGACUGAAGCAGCUACAAGAGGAGGAGGAGAGGCGACUGAAAGAGGAAGAGGAAGCCCGUUUGAAAUAUGAAAAAGAAGAAAUGGAAAGGCUUGAAAUACAGCGAAUUGAGAAAGAAAAAUUGCAUCAGCUUGAAGAACAAGAUCUGGAAAGGAGAAAUGAAGAACUUGAAGAACUUUAUUUAUUAGAGGAAUGUUUUCCUGAAGCAGAGAAAUUGAAACGAGAUACUAGAUUGCUUUCUCAAUGGAAACACUACAUUCAAUGUGAUGGGAGCCCAGAUCCUUCAAUAGCCCAAGAAAUGAAUACUUUCAUUAGUUUGUGGAAAGAGGAAACAAGUGAGACUUUUGAGGAAGUGAUCGAGAAGAGUAAACUAGUGCUAAGUUUAAUUGAGAAAUUGAAAUUAAUUUUAUUAGAGACCCCACAGAGUGAUUUUCAAGAUAAAAAUAUAAUACAGCAUCAAGCAUCAAUUCUACAACUACAGGAGCUCCUUCAGCUUAAGUUUAAUGUAGUCACAGAAAUACUUCUCAGACAAGCUAGUACUUUAGCAGAUCUGGACAGUGGAAAUAUGGAAAAAAUCAUUCAAAGUGAAAAUGUUACUGUAUAUGUAUGGGCAAACCUCAAGAAGAAUCCAAGGUACAGAAGUAUCAGAUUCUCUGGAACACAAGUUGGAUUUGAAAUUCCAAGGAUAUUAGCCACAAGUAACAUUGCUUUACGACUCCUACAUACUCACUAUGAUCAUGUUUCUCCACUUCACCCUAUUCCAACACCAUCAACUGAAGAACAUAUUUCUACAAUAACUGAGCCUGUUGAAGAUGAAGUUACAGAUGUAGAAAAAGAAAUCAGCAAAGAGGUCCAAGAAGAGUCUACACAACAAAAAAGAGGGUCUAACGUAAUUCAUGAGGAAGAAAUAAAAGUUGAGGAACAAGAUGAUAUUGAAGUAGAAAUGAACUCUGCUGCAGAAGACUCUGAAACCAUAAAAUGUGAUCAGGAGAUGAGAUUAUUAAGUCAAACAAUUUCAGCAGCACAGUUCUUGCUGGUAGAGAAUGCUACUGAAAAGCCGGAUUUCUAUGAAGACAAUGAGGUGGAUUUAUGCCAGUUCACGACUCUGGGUGGAGUAUACCACUUGGACAUUUUGGAGCUUCCCCCACAAUGUAAACCAGUCAAGGGCUGGAUGAUUGUGGAAAUACUCAAAGAAGGAUUACAGAAAUACACAUAUCCUCCAGAAAUUACAGAAGACUUUGAAACAGAAAAUGUUUUCCCACCUAUAGAGGUCAUGCUUGAGGUUCAUAAAAAUGUAAUAUUUUUUGAGGAUCCUAUGGUUGUAAGGUGGGAUGCUGAAGGGAGACAUUGGAGAACUGAUGGCAUCAGUAAUGUAUUUUACAAGCCUGAAGAAAGACUUAUAACAUUCAGCCUGGAAACCUUUGGCCCUGUUACCUUGAUUCAAGAUACUCAUAUUAACAUGCCCUAUCAGUCAUGGGAGUUAAGACCACUUGAUAUAAAUAAAGUACUUUUGACUGUGACGACAGUAUUUACCGAGAUUCAAAUACAAAUUAAGGAAAACCUUUGCAUGCUAUCUUCAAUCAAAAUAAAAAACAAGGAACAUUUCUGUAUUUUGAAAGGAAAAUGGAUGUCUCCUAUCCCUUUCAUCGUUGCUUUAAAAGAAGCUGGAUUGAAUAUUUUUCCUAGUGGACACUCUCAUUUUUAUGUUGUUAUAAACAACAAGUUUCCUUUGGUAGAAAUGAAAGCUUAUCGACAGAUGGCCCUACUAAGUUCUGCUUUUGAGUUUGGUUGGAGUAAGUGGAACCUAGCAUGUAAUUCUACAAAUGUUGUAUUUAAGGUGAGGGAACACCUUACUGAAGAAGGUACUGAGAAACCUAACUGGGCCCUCUUAAUGUUUAGUGGUGACAGAGCACAAAGACUCAAGAUCAAUGAAGACAGCGAGACAUUUUCUGAAGCGCUUAAAGAGGAAACUGAGUUUCAUUCUACUUUAUAUCAUAUGGUUAAUGAUUUUGCUUCUAAAGAAGCAAUGGAGAAAGUCAGGAGUUCCCACUGUCAGUUUGUUGACUGUGUGUGUCAAAUGCUACUGUCUACUAGACUAUUCAGCUACUCGUAAUCUCCACUUACAAAGUUUAUUCAGUAUGAAGGAUCAAGCAUUUUGAAAUAAAAUCAGGUAUUUCUUCAAUAAAGUGUAAUGAGUGAAUGGAUAUGUUUCAAAUAGGCUAUUAAAAUUAUUUAAUCAGCAUUUUCUACUCAAAUUUUAUUGUAAACAAAGUGUUUUUUUUUCCUUUGACUACUUGAUCUAUUGAGAAUUUCAACUUUCACUGUUUGAAGAUUUAAAUGAUUCUUUAUUUCAAUAAAAUUUAAUAAAACAAUA